AUGGAGGCGAGGUGCGGGAGGGUGGAUGAGGCGCGAGAGAUCUUUCGCAGCGGGCUCGUGGAGGACCCAAACAACGUCAGGCUAAUUCAUGCCUGGGCUGUUGAGGAGGAUAGGGCGGGGAGGCCGGCUCAUGCCGCAGAGCUUUUUAGACAGUGCCUGGACAUUGAUCCCGACGAUGGCAUUGUGUGGCAGAGCUACGCGUUGUGUGAGGAGCGCGCCGGGAAUACCCCCGUCGCGAGGGCGGUGUUUCAGCAAGGCGUUGAGGCCGACCCGACAAACGCGUACUUAUGGUCGGCCUGGGGGGUGCUGGAGCAGCGUCAUGGCCGCCUGGAGCUGGCGUGCGACUUGUUUGAGAAGGCCGUUCGCUUGAACCCCCAGCAUGCCAGGACGUUUCAGGCCUGGGCAAUUACAAAGGAGAAAAUGGGUUUACAUGCCGAGAGUGAAGCCCUGUUUAGACGUGCUUUAGAUGUCAGUCCGAGGAACGCCCCGACCUUGCAGGCCUAUGGGUUGUUUGAAGCAAGGAGGGGGAACCUCGAUCGCGCGCGAGAUCUGUUCGAGACUGGCAUUCAGGCGGACCCAAACCACGCCCCCAUUUGGCAUGCGUGGGCUGUCAUGGAGCAACGCGAGAAGAAUUACGAUACCGCCCGUGAGCUUUUUGAUAAUGGCGUCAAUGCCGCGCCGAAUAGCACCCCGAUGCUCAGGGCCUGGGCUUCAAUGGAGCUAGAGCUCGGCCAUAUUGAUAAGAGCAGGGAUUGGAUGGUGCCACCGAGUUCGCGAAACAAGUGGAAGCGUGGCACGAAGCAAAGGGCUUAUGCCCCGGGAAAGCGUGAUAGGGAUAAGUCGAAUGACAAGCAGAUUAGCGCUGUGGGGAAGAACCUCCAGAUGUUGCGGCUCAUGAUUGAGAGGCGAUCGGAUGAGGAUGUAAGGUCGGUUAUGCAAUGGCUUUCCGGGCGUGCUCGUGCGGAUAGGAGGCUAGCCGAUGCCAUCUCGGCGCGACGUGAGAAUGAUUCGAGAAGGGUCACUGAGUGGAUUGAGCGUCGGUCUACGAGCGAUAUCAAGGCCUUCAAGGAAUGGCUCGAUGAUCGCUAUGAAAAGGACUCGCGAAUCGGCGUCUACAUCUUCAACUGGGACAUCCCACUGUCAAAAUCCAUGUCAUCUACGCCGGUCCCUGUCCGUGUCUCUGAGCGCCGAGGGAAUCCGGUGGAGAAGCCAGCAGAGUGGUUGCGGCUGUCGGAAGAGCCGAGGAUGGGGCUGCAGGCCUUUGACGACCAGUUGUUCCAUCGAGAAAAUCCAACAGACUAUGGCGAGGGAAUCUAUUUUAUGGGGCAGAUUGCGGAAAACCUUGCUGACCGAGCCGCGCUAGUUCUCGUCUUGAGCGCGAUGACGUUUGGACUGAUUGGCGUGUCCGGUUAUUUGUUCGAUCUGGGAUACUCGCCAUCCGGACAAUCGACACAAACAGCUAGAAACAUUGAGGGAGCAAUGUCAAAGCCGUCCGGUGUGGACGCGAUCUUGUACGAGGAAGGGGGCGCGGAGUCAGUGAUACAGUCUAAAUUGGGCUGUAAGAGACCAUAGGUCGUGGCGAAAUUGGCAGCGGCGUGCGGUUGGAAGCUUGAAUGCCGUUGAGGCAGUGAUACAGCCACUCAUGCCGUGUCCGCGUUAUGGACAAGUGGGGGUUAGUAUCUGCGUAGAUAACAUGUAGCCAUAAAGUUGAUGGGUGUAUAUU